AUUCCAUUACUCCUUAUUUGCUUCCUUACUUCCUUCAAUUUUUCUGUCCUUCAAUCCUGUCGUGACUGUUUUUUCUUUUUUUUUGAGUUGCGUGACUGAUAACCUCGUUUUAAAAUUGUGAGCCUCGGUUCCAGUUACGUACCCCGUAAAAAAUACGUAUCGCGGACGUUUUUUGAGAGAGCAGAGAUUUUGAGUUGUGUUUUUCUAGUGAUUUGAGUUUUCACUUUGUGAGGAUUAAAUCUUUUAUUCGAAACGGAAGUUUGGUUCCCCCAAUCCUUCCAUCCAUUCCAUUCCAUUCCUCCCUAUCUGCUUCCUUAUAUUCUUAUUUCUCCUUAUUUGCUUCCUUUCUUCCCUCUAUUCUUCUGUCCUUCAAUCCUUCGAUCCUUCCAUUUCUUUUUAUUUGCUUCCUUUCUUCCAUCUAUUCUUCUGUCUUUCAAUCUUUCAAUCCUUCCAUCCUUCCAUUCCUUCUUAUUUGCUUCCUUUCUUCCAUCUAUUCUUCUGUCCUUCAAUCCUUCCAUCCUUCCAUUUCUCCUUAUUUGCUUCCUUUUUUCUCUCUAUUCUUCUGUCCUUCAAUCCUUCCAUCCUUACUUUGCUCCUUAUUUGCUUCCUUUCUUCCCUCUAUUCUUCUUUCCUUCAAUCCUUCCAUCCUUCUAUUUCUCCUUAUUUCCUUCCUUUCUUCCCUCCAUUCUUCUGUCCUUCAAUCCUUCCAUCCUUCCACUUCUCCUUAUUUGCUUCCUUUCUUCUCUCUAUUCUUCUGUCCUUCAAUCCUUCCAUCCUUCCAUUCUUCCUCAUUUGCUUCCAUUCUUCUGUUCCUGCAUCCUUCCUUUCUCCCUUCCUUUCCUCCUCCUCUCUUCUUUUCUUCUUUCCUUCUUUCUAUUGUUCGUUCCUUUCUUCUUUCCCACUUACUUUACUUCCUUCCAACCCUCCUUUAUCUCUACCCUCUCCCUUGCCUCCUCUCCCUCCUACUUCCUUUGUUUCUGCCUUCCUUCCUUCCCUACCUUCCUCCCCUCUUUCCUUCCACCCUUUGUGUCAAUUUCGUUCCUUCAUUUUCAUGCGCGCCUCCCUGUUUCUUUCCGUAAUUUUUCUCACUCCCGUGACUACAUUUAAAGCUCAAUAUUUUUUUUGCAUUUUAAACAUGUCAACCAGGGAGAAGACAGCCCUGACCGAGGGUCUUGGGAAGAGUUGACCUUCAUACCAGAAGAUUUCAUGGCUAAAGUAAUUGGGAAAAACGGUAUGAAUUUGAAAAAGAUAGAAGCGAAAACUAAGGCAACUUUGAAAGUCUCCGAGAAGAAUAGCUUGUAUAUCAAGGGAUCUCCUGAGAGCAAGAAGCAAGCUAUUCGGGAAAUAAAGGAAACCAUGGUAAGUCGCUCUGUGACAUAUAGGGUACUUUGUGGGAUUUUUCAGGUGGAUAUCACCAAGGGACAGAAUACCAAUAUCCAGCGACUCCCAGAAUAUUAUCAAGUUGCAAGCAACGGAGCGAAUCAGUCAAUGAGCAGUCAGUUAAUUUGAUUUUGCUUGUCUGUGCUUGCUAGUAAGCUGAGUUUAAGGUACAACUUCCAUAAUUGACCACUGCUAAUGAAAACCAAUUACCCAAUUCCUAAUGCAAGCACAACUCGAUCGCCUGCAGAAUCUCUGUUCCCCUUGGGAGCCUGAUAAAAAGAUUAUGGUAACAGGCUUCCGUGACCAGUGGAUAAAACAUAUCUUUAAUGGUGAAGACAUCAGUGGCCAUAAUCAGGUAACAAGCCCAACAUGUCCUCUUGAUAAAUCCCACACAAUACGUAUGAUUUUUGAAAUUACAGAGGUGUAUAUUUAACAAUUAUUCGCCUCAGGUUCAGUGAAUGUUGUUGAAUUAUCGUCUCGAGGAUUACUCAACAGUGUUCACUGAGCCUGAGGCGAUAAUUUUUUUAGUAUAAUUGCUCAGGUGCUGGUGAUUACUUGUAUCAAGAUAAGCAAGGAGCUUUGGCAGGUCUAUUUAAUUAAAUCAACAAAAACUUAAUAUCCUUCUUUUGCUUUUCGCGGUUGAAUUUUCUUCUAUCGUGCUCAUCACUUCCUCGCAAACAUUGACAAAAGGCGAGGCAACCACUUUGAAAUUUAGCACUCCUGCCACAAUUACCUCGCGCUUCCUCGCGCGAGGUGAUUAUAGUUAGGUAAGACGCAAUCCUCGACCCAUCAGAGCGCGUGCAUCUCUCUAAUAACCGGAACAAUUACACCAAAUGCCUAUUGAAUUCAAAGGGAACGUUACUUACCAUGUUAAGUAUGCGAUUAUCAUUUUUCUCCCCUAUGAAGAAUGGAGGCAAGGAAAAAUACGUUGCAAAAGUUGUCCAUGUGGACACUGCACAUUUGGAAGAAGACCAUGAGUUUAAGCUAUCCAUCGCACAACCGCCACUAUCCAGAGACAAGUGUUUCAAAUUAAAACUACAGGACGAUCCUUUAAAAGGGGUAUGUCGUUGAAUUCAAAUCUGUCUUGAAGGAAAUACCUAACAAAAAAUGCUGUGAAAGCUAAUAAUUUUAUUUUUUCUUUAAUUAUUCAACCCUAUUUUUAUCGGAACCCUCCUGGGAGUACUGGAAGAGGGCUUCGACCACCGUUUCAACUUGAAAAAGAAUAGUUCGUUGAGACACUCACGGAAACAGAACCAGUUGUGCUGGUCCCUUCGCUCGCAAGACUCGAUUACUAACUAUCCUUUCUAACUACCAUAGAUUCUCUUUAAUGUCCCUUUUGAAAAUCUCGUGGUACAACAAGACGAUAUUUGCUAGAUGGUAAUCUAGGAGUGUUAAUGAUAUUGCAAGCAAAAGUUACACAUCAACCCAUUCCGUCGGCCAAAAACUAGUUUAGCCAGCAGGCUUCGUCUUUAACUUGCUUAGCCGCCCAUGGGCGAGUGUUUUGGGAGUAAAAAGGCGGCACUACAAGAGAUUCAGCAUAAAAGUACAGAACUGCAGUUGCUUCGUCGUCUUACAUUAGAGCUACAUUCAGGUUUUUAUACCAACGAUGUGAUGAAAUCAUGUCGAGAAAUCAUCAAGCAUUGAAGAGAAUUUAAGAACUGCAAACACCAGGUCUAUUUAUCUCUUAGACUUUUUCUUAUCCACGAAACUGUGCGUGAUGGUUCUUGUGAACGUCUCACUAUGAAAGGUGUGUUUUUAUAUCUUGCCGGCUACUUCAACUAAUGAAUGUAUUAUUUCAAAGGAAACACCCUCUGGUUUUGUGGGCACGGAAAUCCUAGAAGAAGAGGUCCUGCGGUUUUUGAAGCAAAUUCACAAAAAGAAGGAGGAGGAGAUGGUCAUGGUAGUUAUUUCGUGUUAUUUUGGUCACGCCUACCUAAUCAAGGUUGAUGAAGGUCAGUCCUGUAGAUUUUAUGAGUCUUUCGGCGAAUUGGUGAGGUAUCAAUAAGAGAUUUUUUCAUACUUCUUUCGGUAGAUGAAGAGGAUGACAUCUUCACCCCGAAGGAGGUCAAAGCGAGAAUUGAAUCAAAGGAUGACGAUCGUUGGGACACAAUAUUCCGGAAAGUUGAGACAAUCGAAGUUGAGCAGACUGAAAAGUCUCUCAAAGCCUAUGCAUGCACAGCUAGUGAUGACCUACGAUACGACCUCACCUUCUUAACGCCAUCUGGUUUAGAAUUUCUAGUCAAGGUAAUUUAACCAUGUACCAAAUUAUUUUUUCUGCCGGGUUGGGGCUACCGUCGCCUCUAGACUAUGGUCAAUAAGCAAGGACAUUCAACCCGAAAAAUGCAUCUAUGUCAAGCUAAAGGUAGGCAGAUGUCGAACCCAAGCUGAUUCACGUCUCCACCUUUGUUCGUUAAUCCUUAAGCAUCGUUAACUAGGCCUAAGAUGCCAUCACCUUUCUAAUUGUGUUUACUACCAUUUCGUUCACUUUAAAUUAACCAAUUAAAACGUUCGAUGGAGAAAAAUGCUAGAUUUCCAUCCUCAUCAUCCUAACCCAAACAUGUGCCGAAUCAUUUUUCCUGCCGGGUUGGGGCUACCGUUGCCUCUAGACUAAGGUCACUAAUCAAGCACACUCAACCCGAAAAAGACAUCUAUGUCAAGCUAAAGGUAGACAGAUGUCGAACCCAAGCUGAUUCACGUCUCCACCUUUGUUCGUUAAUCCGUUAAGCAUCGUUAAGUAGGGCUAUGACGCCAUCACCUUUCUAAUUGUGUUUUACUGCCAUUUCAUGUACUUUAAAUUAACCAAUUAAAACGUUCGAUCUCCGUCCUAACCAUCCUAACCCAAACAUUAAGCCAUGUUAGCUCAGAUAAAAGGAAAUUUUACAACCCCCACGGUUCACAUAGCGUUCAACAGCUUUUUAUUAACUCUAUUAAAGCUCCUGAAGGCGUGUUUCUACUCUACCAAAAUGUUCUUAACGAUCUGGCCUUCUAUACUUUUUAUCAAACCUAUGGUGUCGAUUGAUUUUAAGGUAGCUCUGUGAGCACCAUGGUGUUCUAUUAUGCAUAUUGUAUCAAAUAGUGUACAGGGAGAUAACACGACGAAUUAAGGGAUAUUGUCUUGAUUUGUGAUCCUUAUACCUUGAGCAGUUUCAAGUAAUUUUUUUGCUGAUGAACUCUGAGCUAUCGAAAAAGAGGCUGUGUAGGGUUCGUAACACUGCAAUAACAGACAAGCAUGAUUACACGUCUAGCAGAAGAGAGCCUUCUGACAUUUUGUUUCGCGUCUGGCCAGUUAAAGAAUAUAAAAGUGUUGCUAAACCAGUUCACCAAGAUUUCACUUACAGACGGUGUAAAUUAGCCAGGGCCCGACCAAAUUUUCUCUCUUUAUUUGUUAUCAUUAUCCCUCCGUUAUCAGGUAUGGCUCAUCGAAAAAGAACCUGGGGUCGAAGGCGCUUCAGCGUCUUCCCUGGCGUUCCGUCGCAGCCCUCAACUUUCUGUCAGAAACACCUCGACAGAAAUCUUGCAUGACGACCAUAGUGGAGAUGCAUCGAACGCACCAAUUUUCUACAUCAGCGAUACAUUUAAUCAGCAAAUGACAAUCGACAUUCUAUCGCCGUCUGCAGGAUUUGAUUGCCGUUUGAAAAUACGAACAUGUAAGGAAACGUUUCUCUCAAACUUAAGAUAAAAGAAAUAUUAUGAUUCUGUAUCAUAUGAUUCUGCGUGUUAUUUACUUCUCUAGAUAUGACUGUGGGACAUUUAUGAUAAUAUAGUUGCUUACAACUUCGUGGCAUUUCCUUCCCAUUCAAGAACAGAAAAAUUUCAGGCUAAAUAGGUUAUUAGCACGCCAGACUAAGUUUGAUGGUCACCUUAAGCCUGGUCGGUGAAAGGGCAGGGCCUAAAAUCUGAAUAUAAUUAACUUCAAGUGGUUGGUCCACCCAUCACAUAUAAUGAAACUGAAAUGACGAUAAUUUAAGGUUUGAGACUCGAAUGAAAAAAUUGCAUGUAUGUUACUAUGCAGAACAAAAAAGGACAUAGUCUGACCUCACUUCUUUCCUCUUUUAGUUCCAAAGUUUCCACAAACAAAACCACAAGCAGAAAAAGAGCGCAAACUUUUAGAACACUACCUCAUGAAGAUGAGGAUUGAUGAUGGUCAGCUGAAGUUUCCACCAAUUUCCGAGCUACCAGAUGGGUUUGACCUGUCUUUUCAGCGCCGCUGCCUUCGAAAGACAUAUCGGUAUGAACAUGACGGAGACGCGUUUACUUUAACUGUUAGCAAAGACCAGUUAAACAAAGUGAAUGCCGACCAGACUGAUGCGUACAGUUUCAAUGAAUCAGAAGCGAAGGUAUUGUUAAUCAUACACAAACAGUUUAACACUUAUAUGCAUUUCCCUGAUUCAAAUUCGUCCUCACCAUCAGGUGCAAUUCUUCAUGAAUAUCAUUUUUUCUUCGUUCGAUCACAGGUGGCUUAGUUAGCGAUAUGAGCUCAUAUUUAUUUUGUUUAAAACCUGAUAUCUGAAGGAGUAGCAUAACUACGGUUUAGAUACAUGAAACUCGACUCUAUUUUGGAACAUAUGGAGAUACAUUUGUAGGAUUGAACAGAUUCGAUUGUACAGGGAAAGCAACGGAAUCGGGCUUAGAGGCAGAUGUUCAUUUUUUCCCUAAGAUUAACUUCAGCCACAACCUUGUUGCCUUGGCUGUUGUUCCGUUGCUUUUGAUGCCUGAGAUGUUAAGUGUCCACAAAACAGCCUUGCUUGUCCCUUCGCUCACUGAGUCAUCGGUGCGUUACUUACUUGCAUCAUACUACAUUAUACCACAUCACAACGUAUUCGCAUCACAUCAUGUCUAGCCAAAUCACAUCAUAUUCACUUUUACAUUCACGUCACAUUCACUUUUACAUCCACAUCAUAUUCAUAUCACUUUACGUUCACAUCACAUCAUAUUCACUUUCACAUUCACAUUCGCAUCACAUUACGUUCACAUCACAUUCACUUUAACAUUCACGUUUACAUCAUAUUCAGGUCACAUUACGUUCACAUCACAUCACAUUCACAUCAAAUCAUAUCACGUUACAUGCACUUCACAUUACAUCACAUCACACCACAUUCACAUUUACAUCAUAUUCACAUAACAUUACGUUCACAUCAUAUCACUUUCACAUCAAAUCACAUCAUGUUACAUUCACCUCCCAUCACAUUCACAUUACAUCGCAUUCACAUUACAUCACAUUCACAUUACAUCAUAUCUCAUUCACAUCACAUUUACAUGACAUCACAUUACAUAUACGUCAUAUUUACAUCACAUUACGUUCACAUUACAUUCACAUAAAAUCCCAUCACAUUAAAUUCACAUCACAUCUCACACGUCACAUUCACAUCUCAUUCACAUCAUAUUACGUUUACAUCAUAUUCACAUUACCUUACGUUCACAUCACAUUCACAUCAAAUCAAAUCACAUUACAUUCACAUUCAGCUUCAUAUUACAUCUCAUUCACAUCACACCACAUCACAUUACAUUCACAUUAUAUUCACAUCACAUUACGUUCACAUCUCAUUCACAUCACACCACAUCACAUUACAUUCACAUUAUACUCACAUCACAUUGCAUUCACAUCUCAUUCACAUCACAUCUCUACAUUUACAUCCCACCUCCCAAAGUGGGCAGCUCGGUGACGUGUCUUUAUUAAUUACUUUACAAGAUACAGGCAAUAAGCGAAAAGGGUCGCAUUUAUUAAACAGUUAUGUCCACUCAUUUGGAAAAUUUGAAUAAGAUUCGGUUCUUAAUAGAAGUAAACUUUUGGUAACAAGAAGUGAAUGGUCGGAUUAACGUCGUUGUAAAAUAUUUAUAUGAGAGGACCUACAAUUCAUCUGAAGCGUGACCAUGAGGUAUCGUGGAGUUACAAUCAGUAAUUAUUUCUGUGCUUAAAUGGGAUCAGUUGAUGUGAGUAUUGCUACAGCAUUUGUAUAUUGUUUUUAAUUUCUUUUCAUUACUAAUGUAUUUUGUUUGUUUAAUGUCUUUUGUCAAUCAUGAAAAGCCGAAUGUUCAUCUCAACUGUGAAGAAUGGGACCAAGUACUAAAUGAGGGAAACUGGGAACCGGAGCAGAUUACUGC